ACAUCGCAGUAGGAGGAUGUGUUGUUACCGUACCUCUCGUCCCACGUAACGGUUUUUUUUAUUUUAACUGUUGUCUUUUCUAAAGAGUGUUUUAUUAUUUUGUUUUACGACGUCUGCGCAAUACGUCACUCGGUUUAUUUAAAUUAUUUUUUUAUGUUUCUAUUGUGCUUGUGAACCUGGCUGGGAUUAAUAAAGAGAAGAUUGCAACUCUGUGGAUUGAUCACGUGUGUUUUAAGAUUCUCGAAGGAGGUAAAAAUAUCGGAGUGUCGAAAAACUGAUUAUUACUUAAAAUCGUGUUAAAAAUAUUUUUUUUCUCUAAGUUUUGUUAGUUCGCGUUUGUAAACGACGUUUCGUGUGUUUUUUUUAUUUUUAAUUUUUUUCGUUGGAGUACAAUUGUACCAACUUGAAGGAAUCCAUCUGUCGCUGUCGCGCGGCAUUGUGGUGCGCGUGGUGGUUGUGCGGUGGUGCAGUGUGAUCGUGCGGAGCGCGGGGCAUGCUGGGAGCCGGCGGCGGCUCGUGAGCUGUGAGCUGUGGAGGCGGCGUGGCUGCUGGGGGCGGCGAGGCGGCAGCAGGAAAUGCGGUGCUGACACAACAUGUACCCAGCUGGCAUGAACGCGGCGGCGGCGGCGGCAGCGGCGGCGGCGCGGCACCCGGGACCGCCGCAGCCCGGACAGGCCUUCAAGUUCACGGUGGGCGAGUCCUGCGACCGCAUCAAGGAGGAGUUCAACUUCCUGCAGGCGCAGUACCACAACCUGAAGCUGGAGUGCGAGAAGCUGGCGAGCGAGAAGAUCGAGAUCCAGAGGCACUACGUCAUGUACUACGAAAUGUCGUAUGGCCUGAACGUCGAAAUGCAUAAACAGACUGAGAUCGCGAAGCGGCUCAACGCGAUAAUCGCACAGAUCCUUUCCUUCCUGUCGCAAGAGCACCAGCAGCAGGUGGCGACGGCCGUGGACCGGGCGAAGCAGGUCACCAUGACGGAGCUGAACGCCAUCAUAGGACAACAACGCCCCGACCUUCCUCGAUUAUUGCAACAGAUGCACGCGCAGCAGCUGCCCCACGCCGCGCACGCGCCGCCCAUCCCCAUGAUGCCGCACCCGGGGCUGCCCGGUCCGCCCAACAGCGCGGCCAGCCUGCUGGGGCUGUCGGGGGCGCUGGGGCCGGCGCCCCACCCGCUGUCCAUGCUGAGCUCCAAGCCCGACCUGCACCGCGACGACGUCAAGCCGGGGGCAGAAUCGAAAAGCUUCCACCGCUACCGCAGCCCUAAUAAUGCAAUAGCAGCCUUGAAUUCCGCGGAAGAGCGUCAUAGGAACUCCAUCUCGCCCGCCGAGCGGGAGAAGUACAGGCCGCGAAGUCCACCUGAGCCCGAGCACAAGAAGGUCAAGAAGGAGGAGAAAGACUGCCACGCCAGCGACGGAGAGAAGAGUGAUCAGGACUUGGUUGUGGAUGAUGCGAGCGAGGACCCUGUGUCGCCUCCCAACGGAACAGCGUCACCUCGGGAGAACGGACUGGACAAGCUGGCGCCGAAGAAGGAGCACGUAGGACCGCACAGCCCGCGCAGCGGCACCUCCUCCAACGCCAGUACCCCCUCCACCAAGAAGCUGGACGGCGACAAGCCCGCGACGCCCAUCUCCAAGUCGGUGACGCCGACGAGCAGCGGCAGCAGCGGCGGCGCGGCGGGCGGCAGCGGCCUGAAGCCGGCGGCCAAGGCGGCGGCGCUGGCCCAGUACCCCCACUACCUGGGCGGGCCGGGGCCCCAGGACCUGCCCGGGGGCCCGUACGCCGCCCUCCACAACAACCUGGGCCCGCUGAACGCCUACCCCCGCCCGCCGCUGGCCGGCUACGACCCGCAUGCCCAGAUGAGGGCGCCGCUGGGGCCGGCGCUGGGCGGCAUCCCGGGGGGCAAGCCAGCCUACUCGUUCCACGUGAGCGCGGACGGGCAGAUGCAGCCAGUGCCGUUCCCGCCCGACGCGCUCAUCGGGCCGGGCAUUCCGCGGCACGCGCGGCAGAUCAACACGCUGAGCCACGGCGAGGUGGUGUGCGCGGUCACCAUCAGCAACCCCACCAAGUACGUCUACACGGGCGGCAAGGGCUGCGUGAAGGUGUGGGACAUCAGCCAGCCCGGCUCCAAGAGCCCCGUGUCGCAGCUCGACUGCCUGCAAAGGGACAACUACAUCCGCUCGGUAAAACUCCUCCCGGACAUGAGGACGCUGAUCGUAGGCGGAGAAGCUAGUAACCUGAGCAUAUGGGACCUGGCCUCUCCCACGCCCCGCAUCAAGGCUGAGUUGACGUCAAGCGCACCCGCCUGCUACGCUCUCGCCAUCAGCCCCGACUCCAAGGUGUGCUUCAGCUGCUGCUCGGACGGCAACAUCGCGGUCUGGGACCUGCACAACCAGACGCUGGUGCGGCAGUUCCAAGGCCACACGGACGGCGCCUCCUGCAUCGACAUAUCUGCCGACGGCACGAAGCUGUGGACGGGCGGCCUGGACAACACGGUGCGGUCCUGGGACCUGCGCGAGGGCCGCCAGCUGCAGCAGCACGACUUCCUCUCGCAGAUCUUCUCCCUGGGCUACUGCCCCACCGGCGAGUGGCUGGCCGUGGGCAUGGAGAACUCUAACGUGGAGGUGCUGCACGCUGCCAAGCCAGACAAGUACCAGCUCCACCUACAUGAGUCAUGCGUGCUGUCGCUGAGGUUCGCAGCCUGCGGGAAGUGGUUCGUGUCCACUGGCAAGGACAACCUUCUCAACGCCUGGAGGACGCCAUACGGCGCGUCGAUAUUCCAGUCUAAGGAAUCAUCAUCUGUUCUGAGCUGUGAUAUAUCAGCGGAUGACAAGUACAUCGUCACUGGAUCCGGUGACAAGAAGGCCACCGUGUACGAAGUGAUCUACUGACCUCGAGGUGCGAUGCGCCCAAUAUUUUAAAACCAGUUCCGCGCUGUCUCUCUCUCGCCCCAGACACUGUGGUACUCCGAACUGUUGGGAGAGUGAACGGGUGGGAAGAGGUGUUCACUGUUUGUUCUACAGCCAGACAGCUGAUCUUCAACUAGCACUUCAAUGCAUUGGACUUUAUAAGUGUUUGUCUUCGUCUUUGAAGAGCUGCAGGAAUCUACACAACAAAAUGACAGUCAAUAUUUUGAAUCAUUGUAAAUGAUCCACAAGGCCGAAUUUGGAACGUGUUUUCAGAGUCGAUGUAAGUAUGUAAAUCCCUCCGGAAUGCGGUAGUCGACUGCUUGAACGCGCCAGGGUUGUGAUGGACUGCUAAUUGGACGGAAUGAUCUAGUGAUAAUCUGCCGCAGACAUAACGAGGUACGGUUGGUGCGUCACAUUUGACUUUGGAAAAAAAAAUAGGAUUUUUAAUAGUGUGAUUUGUGUGUGCAUCCAUGGUACAUCAAAUAAAUUUUAUUUAAUUAAGCUGGUACCUAAUGGUGUAUGCUAUCAUGCAAAGCCAAGUAUAUAUAUUUAAUUUUUUCCUCUCACUUUUAUUUUAAAAACUUUUUGACAUUAAUAUAAGCAAGUUAUAAAUAUUUAUGUCUAGAAUAAAUUUAAAACAUAAGCAGAUUAAGUCUGUUAUUAACUACAUUUUUUUUAGAAUUAUAUUUUCAAGCUAUUUGUACCUUUAAAAUUGCUGCAGGCUUGGAAAUUAAACUAGGUCUAAAAUAAUUUUCAUGUUCUGUCCUUGAUGCUUUUUUCAACUCAUUACUGUCUCUCUCAGCCAUAGCAGAUCAACUAUCAUAAAUUUUUCUGGUAGAGUUUUUAAAUCAAAAUUUUGUACGUAUUGUACCUACUUCUUAAUGUAUUCACCUGAAAAUAAGACAAGUGUGUUUUUCAUUGAAAGACCACCUGAAAAAAAUUGGGGUCAUCUUAUAACCAAGAGCAAAAACUAUGUAAAAAAAUUAAUGUUGGAAAAAAAGUUUGAUUGAAAGAAUUGUUUAAAAUUACAGAAUUAUGAUUUUUUUUUAAAUGUUGCAUUGAAGAAAAUAGUAGUUAUACAUUUUUAAUUCUCACAGAGAUUUGGACAAGAAAAUAAAUCAUUUAUAUAUUUUUUCGUGAUUCUGUGCAGUGCUUGCUACUACUAUUUGACCUGCCUAAUUAUGGGCCAUCUUACAUUCAGGGUUGACUUUCGGGUGAAUACGUAUAUUGAGUUUCUUAAUAUUCUUGAUGUAUUUUAAUUUGUUUUUAACUUUUACUUAUUCUGUAAGUAUAAUUUUUUUACAACUGUUGUCAAGAAUACAUUAAUCUAGUGACUUGGAUAGUUUGAUAGUUAUAUAAAUUAAUCUUUACAUUAUGAACCCAGGUAAUACAUUCGAGGGCUAUUUUAAGUGAUACGUACCACAAGCAUGAUCUUUGAAAUGCAUUGUGUAAUUAAAGUUUCUUUUUUGACUGAUGACCAAAACUUAUUAUUUUUGUCAACAGUUUUUUUGCUAUAAGAUUUUUUUUUUAAUAUUUCACAAAAAUUCUUUGAGCUAGGCUGGAAGAUUUUUUUUUGUUAGUUGAAUUUUCGUAUUGUGUAUGAUACAUACUUUGUUAGACAGACUACAUAUGUCAUUUCACUUUCAUGAAUAAACAGAUACAGUAGUAAAAAAAGCCUUUAUAUAAAUUUAAGUUUUCUUAACAGCAUGCAUUUCUUUUUGCUAUGAACAGAAUUUUUUUUUUCAUUGAAAUCAUUGUGCCACAUUCAGAUGUUGGUUAGCAAACAUAAAAUGUUACAGAGCCAAACAGAAAUGAAAGUCUUCUCUAGUUCAUGAGUUGUAAGCAGAGAUGAUUUUUGUGUAGCGUUGUCACCUCCUUUUGCUGUUCCUUCGAAAAAGUAAGUUACUGAUUAUAUUUUUGGAAACCCAGCUGUUUGUGUAACCACUUGGUGUAAGUACUUUUCAUAUGUGAUUUGGUGCACUAAUGGAAAUUUAUUGGCUAUGUUUAUACACAGUAUAAAAGUUUGUUGCUGUUCCAUUGUUAAGUGGGAAAACAAUGUUCUGAUGUAAAAACUACAAAACAUGUUUAAGUUAUGUUAAACGUAGUCUUAGCAAACUUAACAGUUUAGUUUGCCAUUCUAGGAGUAACACUGCUCAUAUUGAGUGUCAUCUUAAUUUAUUUAAAAUGUUUUAGCGAAAGCUAAAUUUUCUUAUGUUAAAAUCAAAUUAGGUAAAAACUUUUUGUUUUAUUUCCACUUGUUAAAAUUUUCUAGUUUACUGCACUAAUCUGUUGAAGGUUCGAGGAGAGAGUGGCAUGUUAGUGUUGUUGCUUCUAGAAUAACGUAGUUUAUUUGAUCAUGAAUCUCAUGUGUGAUAGUAAAGAAAAAAAGUUACUCACAGUUUUCUAAACGUAAAUUUUGAAGUCUGAAGUGCUUAUCAUUAUGAAAGCUAGUAAAUGUGUUUGCUGUUUCAUGCGUCUGUGUGUGGCUUAUACAAAUUGUCGUGACAUUAUUGUGAUCUGUUUCAACACUUAACAGCAGUAUUUGCAUAUAUUAUAUCUAAACUCAGAAAAUGACAUGUUUGACUUUUCCGAAAGCUCUUGAAGAACUGUUGUAGUAAUAUUAUUAUGUGGUUGAAAAAUGGUACUGUGUGCAAAUACAGUGUUUUUUGGAAAUAUUUCUGCUUUUGUAAAUGUUGAGUGAUUUCAGCAACAAGUAUAAUGUAAUCACUUUAUAUCAAAUUACAGUUAUUGUGUGGGAUUUUGAUAACAAUUUUUAUAUUUGGUUUGGUUGGUUUUUUUAAUGCAUAUAGCAGAUGUGUUGAUGGACAAUUCACAUCAUAUGGAUUAAUUUAUCACUUGCACAAGACUUUUAAAGAUAUUUGUAUGACCAAUAGCAGACAACCAUGGUAUACCUCAAUUAUGUCCUUAACAGAUGCAUAUAUUUUUAAUCAUAAAAUAGCCGGAAUCAGAAUAAAAUAUUUACAUACUCUACAUAUGUGCACAAUUUAACCAUCCUUGAUUACUGAGAAGUGAAUUUUGUUUACAGGAAAAAUGAACACAGCAGUCUUUCACUGUGAUAACUGUACAUAUAAAUAGAUUUAAUUAACUGCAUUGUGUAGUCAGUAAGGUUUCAAAUGCAUCAUUUUACUGCCAACAUGAGAUCAUAUUAUUUAUAUUAAUUUUACAAAUUCUAUGUUCUUACAAUUAUGCAUGUAUACACAAAAUUGCAGUCUACCUCACAAAAGUUUAAGUAAUGUUAUUUUAAUUGUAUCUGUGGUUUAAUUUUAUGAGACUAUUUUUGACUGCUAAUUUGAAUCUGCAUACAUAAUUUAUUAUUUUGCUUUUUUUUUUAAUGUAUUUCUAUAAUUAUAUUUAUAGCAGCUGUAAUGUGAUACAUGCUGUUCAAAUUUUAAAUACUUCACCUUAAUUUCAUGUGAUAAUGCAAGGUACGUAAUUAGAUUGUGCAUUAGUUCUCAUUUUUUAUUAUUAAAAUUGUUUGUUAUUAGGUUUGAUAAGUUAUUAAAAUAUGUUUGCCGCAAGCAAUCCGUAUGCGUUAUUUGAAGUAAUUCACAGGGGACUUAAGUAUUUUGAGUUAAUAAUUGUUCCUAUAAGGCGACUGCAAUAUUUUUUUCCUUAAUUGCUUACAGUUUGGAACCAAAUGUUUGUUCAAUUUUAAUUUUGUGGAAAAUUAUUUAAAUCGUUAAUAACAGGUAUUUAAGGGGGUAGGGAGGAUGCGGAGAAAAGUUUAGAUAAAGACUGUUACAUAUUGUGUAGUAUUAUGCUUUGUUUUGUAUCUAUGUAUAAAAAUUAUUUAUAUAUUUUUUCACCUGAAAUAAAAAAAAAAUAUAAUAAAUAUUUGAGCAAACUGCAGUUAAAUGUUCAGAGCACAAUGAAUUUAUUAUGAUGUGAAAGCAGUUAGAAGACUUAUAAGUUUGAACUAAUAAUUUUCUUUGUGUUCAAAAAACACCAUUCUGUAUGUUGAUUAGUUAUUAUUUCUGUCAUAUUUGUAUUUUACACUGUGAGCUCAUAUUUGAGACUGUAAUAUGUACUACUUUAUAAAAAGAGAUGAUGUUACAAUAAAACCGAAAUGUAGUUACAA